UGAAUUUCGUGCUUGCGGCGACCAACGGGUACGGCGGCCUUCACGAGCCCAAAGGCUGCGAUAUAAAUCGUACACGUCUCCAUCCCAUGCCAGCCGGCGCGUCAGCCAAACCUCCCAUCCAUCUCAGCCCGAAAUUGCGCCUGCCACAAUGGUUGUCGACACUUCCUACUACGACGCUCUAGGCGUCAAACCAGAUGCUUCCGAAUUGGAAAUCAAGAAGGCCUACAGGAAGCUCGCCAUCACCACACACCCUGACAAAAACCCCGGCGAUGAAUCUGCACACGCUCGCUUCCAAGCCGUCGGCGAAGCCUACCAAGUCCUAUCGAACAAGGACACCCGUGCCGCUUAUGAUAAAUAUGGCAAGGAAAAAGCCAUGCCCAGCCAAGGCUUUGAGGAUCCCGCUGAGUUUUUCAGUAUGAUUUUUGGCGGUGAUGCCUUUGUUGACCUCAUCGGCGAACUGAGCCUUCUGAAGGAUCUUACGCAUACUAUGGACAUCACAAUGCAGGCCAUGGAGGAAGAAGAACUUUCUAAAAAUGCGGAAGAGAAGCUGAACAUCCAUGAAUCAAAGGAAAAAGAGGCGACCGCUGCGAGCAUGGAUGCAAAGGAACCCGAAGCAAAAGCACAUUCCGCACAAGAGGGGACCACUGUACCGCCUCCACCAUAUAUCUCCGGGGAGGAGCCAUCGACGUCCACUGGCAGAUCAUCGGGGACUAGCACCCCGCAGAGAAGAUACGCUGGCCAGCAAGCCAUCAUGGAUCGAUCAGAAGAAGAUGCGCGAAUGGAUGCCGCGGGCUUGACUCAGGAAGAGAAAGACCUGCAGAAGAAGAAGAAGAAAGGUGGCCUGACCUCAGAGCAGCGGAAGAAGUUAGAAGCCUACGAACGCGAGAGACGACGCCUGCGAGAAGAACGAGUCGAGACUCUUGCAAAGAAACUGAUCGAUCGUAUCAGCGUGUGGACAGAAACGGACAAGGGCCCCGAAGUCACGAAUGCGUUCCAGCAAAAGAUCCAACUCGAGGUUGAAAAUCUCAAAAUGGAGUCCUUCGGUAUUGAAAUUCUCCACGCUGUCGGUCAGACAUACAUACAAAAGGCCGUUUCGUUCCUCAAAUCGCAGAAAUUCCUCGGCAUCUCAGGCUUCUUCUCCCGUCUAAAAGACAAAGGCACCCUUGCAAAAGACACAUGGAACACGAUCUCUUCAGCCAUCGACGCCCAACUAACGAUGGAAGAAAUGGCUAAAUUGGAAGAAAAGGGUGGUGCUGAUUGGACGGAUGAGAAGAAGGCAGAGUACGAGAGGAAAGUCACUGGGAAGAUCCUUGCGGCUGCAUGGAGAGGAUCGAGAUUCGAGAUUCAGGGCGUGUUGAGGGACGUGUGUGACAGGAUUCUGAACGAUAAGAACGUCAGAUUGGAGAAGAGGAUAGAAAGAGCCCAUGCGUUGAACAUAUGCGGGGCUAUCUAUCAAAGGGCUGAACGCGAUCCCGAUGAGGAAGGCGACUUCAUGGCCUUUGAGCAACUCAUGGCCGAAUCCAUGAAAAAACAAGAAAAGAAAAAGGAAAAAGAGAAACAGAAAGACAGCACCCAGGGCGAUCAAUCGCAUAGACACUUCUUUGGAGGCAGCCGGGAGCCCACCGCCGGUGGAUCACCGAGACAGUCAACGUCCGCGUGAGUGUGAUGAGGAACAGCGCCAACGUUCCCUGGGCAGACCAAGGAGCGAUUGUGGGCCAGAUUUCCGAGAGUUGUUUGACUCUGAUGAGCUGUCGAUUUGAUCAUCUACCAACAAUCUAUUGUGCGUGGAAUGGGUUUUCCUUGCUCAGACCUUCGAGGCACGAAUGCAUUGCAACAAAGCUCUUCUCCACCACCACCACUACUACUAGGGUAAUUACGACCUGCGCGUCUGGAUCCUGGAGGACGGGACCAAAGGCGACGAAUGGCUAGGAUAGGAUCGGACAGGAUACAGGCAGGGAAAGCGUUGCUGUUAGUCUUAUGUUGAACCAUCGCAGCUUGAUUCGCAGAAUAGAUACCAAAUGGCUUCUUU